AUGUGGCGAACACGAUACAGAGGGUCUCCAGUCAGAGAAAAAGAGGAAUUCGCAUGUAUCAACUGUCAGCAGCCGGCGACCAAUUUAUACAUCAAAUACUCGGAAGAAGUCACAACGCUGACUGAUUGUGACAAAUGCGACAAAACGGUUGACAAGUACAUCGAGCAGGAUGUGGUGCUUGUUGUUAUCGAUUUGAUGCUACAGUACGUUCAAGCCUAUCGUCAUCUCCUUCUGAACGUCAGAAUUCAACGCCCGGAGCGUCUUUUUGUGAUGUUUUGGCUGAGCCACGCGGCAGAAGUUUGGAUUCGAGAGCGUGAGAAUCGAGAGGAGCAGACGACGAUGCUAGCUGAUCAGGAAUGGAUGUUCUACCGGUGCCUUCUCCUUUCCGCCGUCGAAAUCAGCUCCUUCGUUUUUGUAAUUUUACUAUUUUGGAAGCUGAAAAAAGACGAAACAGUUCAUACGUGGCGACAAAUGAUCAGCUUGACAAUGUUGGGAUAUUAUGGAAACGUCGCCGUGGUGCUCUCGUUCAUCUUCCGCCUCUCCCAUCGUCUCUCCUAUCAAAUCGUCAUGCAAAUCUUCCUUCUUGUCUCCCAUAUCCAAGUUCAACGUGUCCUAUUUCCUACCGUAUCCGAUUCAAAUAAUAUCAUCGUUGUUCUGGUGGCGAAAACGUUCUCAACGAUUACCGGUGCACUUUUCACUCAGGCGGUUAAUGAUAGCUUUAUGUGA